GUUCCAGACAUCCCAGAUACGUCCGAGGAGCGCGACAGAGCUUUCGCCCCGACCAUCCACUUCUCCAAUAAACGACUGAAUGGGGCCAAAAUGACUUCCAGGGACGUGCUGUUUCGCUACAAGGAAACGCGACUGAACCUCGAGCCCGCCUCGGCCUCCUCCGUCAUCGAGAUCCGGGUGCCAUCGCCGAGCUCCCACGGGCGGUCGAACUCGCAAAGGACCAAUGGCUCAAGGCGCUCCGCCGAGGCCGACGAGCAGGCCUGGCGGGCAAGGAGCCUGGCCACGGCGUCGUCGUUAUUUCGCCGCAAACACCACCACCAGGGCUCGCCGCGGAGCUUCCUCUGGAGGGUCCUCGAGAACAACACCGUGCUGAGCAUCCGCGCCGCCGACGUCUGCCAGCAGAAUAGGGACUCGGACGCGCCGCUGGUCCUGAACCUCCGCUUCCCCUCGCCCAUCCGGGACUCGUGCAUCGGCUUCUCCGACCCCGCCGACCACGAUGCGCUGAUCGUCUUUGUUGUGGACCAUGCGAACGUCCUCCACUCGCUCACACUGCGGCCCGACCUCUUCAGGAAGCGUUCGGCCGUGGAGAAUGGGCUCGGAGAGGCAUACAAGUCUUACUCGCCGCCCGGGUUCGGCUUCAAGCACCCGCACCGCCUGGUCGCCGUCAAUCCGGAUCAGGUGAUCGUUACCAUGCAUGACGGUGGCAUUUUGCGAUUCGAUAGGAAUCUGUCACAGCACGCUGCCAUUAAUGGCCCGUGGAAAGAAACCAUCUACAAUGUCGCCGGCUGGGGCCAAAGCCUCCGAGGCCUCGUUCCUUUCCAGCGGAAUCCCACAAUUCGACAUGACAAGGUCAAUAUGGAGCUGACUGCUGCUACAUCAACCGCUAUCACUUCAAUGGGCCGCGACGACACAUCCUUCCUAUUCACCAUCUGCCUCGACCAUCGGAUGCGAGUGUGGGAUGUGCGGACAGGCCAGAUCCUCUAUACGGGCGAUAUCCUGAAUGCGAAGAGAGACCCCAACGAGGUUGGCAAAUGGACCAUCGACCCCUCUCAGAACAACCUGGUCAGGAUCCUAGACACGGCAUACGGGCAGUCCUUGGCUGUGACCUACUCCCCCCUGGGAGCCGGCGAAUUCAAGUUUUGGAAAGUCAAGUCUAAUGACCAGGGCUCCAUUCUUGUUGCCGACCUCUUCCCGAAGGAUCAUCUCGUGCCCCCUGCGCCGUCGUCGUCAGAUGUCUGGACUCUUGCCGAUUUUGGCGUGGCAAGUCAGGAGGCAGGGCCGGAGCUCUGGACCCUAUGGAAGAACAACACCACCUACCGGGUGCAGACUCUGCAGUUACGCCCCAAGGACAGCGCGGGCCCUUGGAGUGAUGGGUGGAAGGGGGUACGCAUCGAAAACGCAGUGCCUUACGCCCAGACAUCUGGGCCCUGCGACCCGACGGAUUCGAGCGAGAGAUGGCUGAACGAGAUCUUCUUCCCUGGGCGGUUCCCAAAGGCCACUCUCGAAACGGCGCUUGCCAUCUAUGAAAAGGGCGUGGCGGGGCCUGCAAGGGAGACGCCCUCGAGAUCUGGCAAGAGCUUGGCCCAGUCAAUAUGCUCUGUCGUCGGUUCCGUCCCGACGCUCGAGCGCAAUUCGGCUGGAAGGAUGGAUUACGAGAAAUACCGAGCAAACAGUGAGGUCCAUUGGCGGCGAUUUUACCGGCUCCUGAGCGAGCUGGACAAGCAAAGGGGUGAGGCCCUCUCCCUGGUGCUAGACCCGGAAGUGGGCAUGAUAUGGGUUGUCUGCGCCGACUGUUUGGCCGCCAUCAGGCACUGCAGCAAUCUCGAGCUCGUGUGCCACAACCUUGCGGCGCCAGAAAAGAACCGCGAAGACAUCGCCGCGCUGGUGCAAGCGGGGCUUACCUUCCUCGAGAGCUUCCCCGACGGCAUGUGGCAGCUCAGCCGAGCAACGCUGCUGUCCCAGAUGUUCGAGGACUCGGGCCAGACGGACGAAGAGCGGCUGCAAUUCUUCUCCGACAAGGCCGCUUUCUGGCGUCAGAUCAGUGAAGAGGAUUGUGCCAGCGUGGUCGACAGCCUGGGUCACAACUUCAGGAUCGUCACGCCGCGACUCUACGAGGACCUGUUUGACUUGGUGACCGCCGACCCCGACGAGAACAGCCGCGAGCUGCAGCAGGCCUUUACGAAAUUCGGAGGGAAGCUGAUUGUCCGCGCGAUCCAGGACAUGGCUGAGCUUCACUGGCAAAUCCUCUUCAGUCAGCUGAUCCUGCUCGUCCACAUGGAGUUUGAGUUCGAAAACGAGAAGGAUGCCUUGCACUCGAGAGUCGACGUCGGCAGCACCUACCGCCAGAUCGUCGAUGCGCUUCGACGGCUGGAACAUAUCAAGUGGAUGGCUAGGACGGAGAUAAGUCUCCCCGCCUCUAAGGAGCGCUCUGGGUCGGUGUCGGGGAGCGUCUCUCCUGCGAACUCUAAGCGCAGCAACAGCGACGAAACCCAUGUCAUCACCGUUCUCGAGGCGCUCGUUGGCCAUUUGCUCGGCCUCCCGGAAACUGAUGACCAGCCCCUGUUGACGAGGAUAACCGGCAUGGUCACGAACCUCUGCGCCCCCGACAGCGACAUUGAGUUCCUCCCGCACCUACACCAGUGCUUCCUCCUCAAGGUGGACAGGGCAGAUCUGGCCCUGGAGCUCAGCCCCUUUGCCGACCAAGACCCCUUCUCCACCUACGUGCAAGGCCGGGUUUUCCUGGCGCUUAAUGACUACGAUGCUGCUGCUUUCCACUUCAAGAAGGCGGCGGUCGGCUUGAGCAUCUCGAUGAGACACGUCGAGCGGCACAGCUCCCGACUCCUCGACGAGAUGGAAUGGAACCUCCUCAACAGCGGAUUGCCGAAUUACUACUCCCACAUCGUCAACCUCUACGACAAGCAGAAGGCGUAUUCGUUCGUGAUCGAGUUCGCCCGCCUGGCGCUGCAAUUCGCCGGCCCCAGCAGCGGCAGCAGCGGUGACGAGACAUCAUCAUCAUCGUCGUCGUUAUCAUCGGCCGUGAGGAAGGAGAUGCUGAGCCGGCUGUUCAUCGCGUCCGCGGCGAUAUCGCAGUUCGACACGGCGCACUCGACGAUACUCGCCAUGGGUGACGACGAGGCGGUGCAGCGGUCGUACCUCAAGAGGCUGGUGGAGCGCAUGUGCGAGACGGGCCAGAACAAGGAGCUGGUAGCGCUGCCGUUCUCGGGCCUGCAGGACAGGGUCGACGCCAUCCUGCUGGACAAGUGCAGGCAGGCCCGCGACGUCGCCCGCGGCGUCCCCUACCACCAGGUCCUCUACGCCUGGAGGGUCAGCCGCAACGACUACCGCGGCGGCGCGGCCGUGCUGCUCGACAGGCUGCAGAAGCUGAGGCGGAUGGGCGAGGGGGACAGGCUCAGUGGUGGAGGUGGAGAUGGCGAGGAGGAUACCCUCGACACGCUGGUCACGAGGCAGUACCUGCUGCUCAUCAACGCCCUCAGCUGCCUCGACCCGAAGCAGGCCUUCAUCCUGGAGGACCUGCCCGGCGGCGGCGCCGAGAGGCGCAAGACCGGGGCGCAGGCCGGCGACGAGGAGGACCCGUACCUGGAGGAGAUCAAGGCCGUCGUCGGCGGCGGCGGGAGGGACACGCGCGUAGAGCGACUCGCCAAGAUUGUGGCCAGGGGCGGCGGUCCGGGGGAUGAUGCGGAGCGGAGGGUCGUCACGCUCGGGGACGUCCGCAGGCAGUACCAGGAGGAGCUGGACCGGAUCGUCGCCAUACAGAACGACGAGUACGCGUACGCGCCGGCCGAGGAGGACGAUGACAACGAGGACGGGAUGGAUGUGACGGCGUGAAAAUGAGGCCGGGGGGAGAACGGAGAGAAUAAGUAAGGGGUCAUGUAAAGACGUGUAGGAUCAUGGUGUCGUCUUUUCUCAGGUUAUGGAAUGAUACCUCUUCUUUCAAUGGAGUCACGAAAAGAGAAAAGUGAACAAAGAACGGAAAAUGGUAGAUAGGUAGACUAGGAUUAAUCGAGCCUGAAGAAACCAAUGUUUUCUUUGGGAAAGGGGAG